GGAACCCAGGACACCCGAGCGUCCCGCCGCUGCCGGGCCAGCGCAGGAUUGAUGCGCCGCGGGCGGAGUCGAGGCCUGAAGGGACUAGUUGGCGCACGCCAGAGGGGCGUGGUGACGUCAGGGCGGAAGCGCACGCUGCGUGAAGCGGCCCAGAACCCGGCGGUCACGGGAAUAUCCGUCGCGCCGAGGACGCUGGUUAGUCUCUCUCCGGGUUCCGGCUGCGUCGGGCGUGCGUGCAGCUCGCUGAGACCAUGGCGUCCGGGCCUCACCCCACCGCGACCGCUGCCGCCGCCGCCGCCUCGUCGGCCGCCCCGAGCGCGGGCGGCUCCAGCUCCGGCACGACCACCACGACGACGACCACGACGGGAGGGAUCCUAAUCGGCGACCGCCUGUACUCGGAAGUUUCGCUCACCAUCGACCACUCGCUGAUUCCGGAGGAGCGGCUCUCGCCCACCCCGUCCAUGCAGGACGGGCUCGACCUGCCCAGCGAGACGGACUUGCGCAUCCUGGGCUGCGAGCUCAUCCAGGCCGCCGGCAUUCUCCUUCGACUGCCGCAGGUGGCGAUGGCAACGGGGCAGGUGUUGUUUCAUCGUUUUUUCUAUUCCAAAUCUUUCGUCAAGCACAGUUUCGAGAUUGUUGCCAUGGCAUGUAUUAAUCUUGCAUCAAAAAUCGAAGAAGCACCUAGAAGAAUAAGAGAUGUGAUUAAUGUAUUUCACCAUCUACGCCAGUUAAGAGGAAAAAGGACUCCAAGCCCCCUGAUCCUUGAUCAGAACUACAUUAACACCAAAAAUCAAGUUAUCAAGGCAGAGAGGAGGGUGCUAAAGGAGUUGGGAUUUUGUGUUCAUGUCAAGCAUCCCCAUAAGAUCAUUGUUAUGUAUUUACAAGUCUUAGAAUGUGAACGUAAUCAAACCCUGGUUCAAACUGCCUGGGUAGUCCAUGAUGGUAAGUCAUAGAACUCUGCCCUCUGCACUUCAGCCCAUGACCUCAGGAUGGCCUGAUUGGCUGCCCUGCUCUCCAGCCAAUCCAGUGCAAGCUCUCAUCCGAGAUUCACUGAAGUGGUCCAUAUCCAUCUGGCAGCAUCUUCUAGUUCUGUCGGGGUGUCAAAAGGAUUUGUAUAUUUGCUUCUAGAAGUAACUCUUCAACAUGCCUAUGUAUUUAAUGUAUACCUGUAACUAUCAAAAUGAAUAGUUCAUUUUUGAUAGAUUUGUUGUCCAGCCUUUAUGAAUUAAAUGAUUUUUGUUAGGAGUUUGACUAGAUUUCUAUUUUUUUUUGGUAUGUAUAGCAUGAAUUCUACCAAAGGAGACGGCAGCUUAAAGUGGGCACCAUUACCAUACUUGAAUUCAUAGCUGCUGGGCUAUUGGAGGCAAUAGUAUUAGAAGAAAGAAGUACUUCAUUUUUAAGAGAUGUUAAUAUUAACAUAGCACUUUAGAACUUACUUUGUGUGAUUUGCAGUGCUGACUUAUUUAAAGUCAAAACAAAGGAGUUCGUGGUUCAGCCACAACUACUGUCUUAAGACUGUUGAUGAUGUGCAGUACUUAAGUGAUGUAAUUCUUAUGUUCUGGACUUAUGACUGCCAUGCUUUUUGGGCUCAAUAAAUAUUAAUACUAGAAAAGUCUCAUUACUUUUAUAAAAUGUAUGACAUUUUUUAAUGUUCUAUAAAACAGAUUUUUAGCAGUUUUCAUGGGUAAGGAAUUUUAAGAAAUAGUCUUUUAGUUAACCUUUUGAACUAUUUGUAAAAUUUCUUCAAUACUUUAGGAAUUUUGUGGGGAGGGUUCACUAAUAUAAAAGUCCAGUAAUUUGUUAACUGAAGUAGUUACUGCUUUUAUUUAUACUUAGUCACAAAAAGGUAUGUAAACAAGGCUGUUGUAUGUAUUUGCUCUUCACUUCCCAACCCAGGUUUUCUGAAGUAGAUUACUUAGCUUUCUUAAUAUAAUUUGGUGAGUGCUUAUUGAAAAUGCCUUUUUUACCCCUCUCACAGUAUUGAGUUUUUGAAAGAACUUGAUUGACACUGCUUUUCAUUGUGGAUAAAGGAGAGAUGGUCAGUAAUUAAUGGCUUGAAGUAUUGUUGGAGUGGUUUAUUUCUGAAACUGGUCAUGUCAGAACUGACUUUCAUUGCUUUUCAUAGAAAUAUGUUUUUAAAAAACUUCACGUUCUAUUUGGAAUAAUAAGGAAUUAUUUUAAAGGACUUUGCUUAUAUAUGAGACAUGAAGAAUGAUUCUAGUGUUAAAUUCUUAUCUCUUACUGAUUUUUGAGUUAAGAAUUGUUAUAUGCUAGAAUAUUGAAGAUAAAAAUAUGAGAAGAAAAAAGAAUAAAGUAGAUUGAGUCUCCAAUUUUAUGUAAGCUUCAGAAGAACUGGUUUAUUUACAUACAAAGCUUAUGG